CGCUGACAGCCAUUCCAUCACCUCCACCAGCAAUUCCGCUCAUCUUCCUCCCAAUUCGUCCUCGUUUCCCUCCCUUAGAACCUCACGAACCCUUCAAUCCACCAUCCGAUCUCCCUUCAUCCACUGCUGCAUCCAUCAAUCACUCCCCCUACCAUCCACCUUCUUCGGCACCACUGCAGUCUAUUCCUUUUCCAUCACUUGGUUUGUGCUGUCACUGCUACUGCUAAACAUAUCUUCUCCUGCUGCGACUCGGCUCUUCCUCUUUCUCUUGUACACACCUACGGUCAAUCGUCAACCUCUGUCGUCUCGUUCCCUUCGCCGUCGGUACUGGCAUCGACAUUUCGAACUUCUCUACCUUCUACCUCGCAUCUCUCGGUCGUCCUUCCCUUUCGCACGUUUUCGUCCUAAUCGCCUGAAGCUACCUAGGUUCAUUUGAGAACUAAAUCAAGAUCCGGCCUCGAACCUCUCCAAGCGCAGGCUCGAGAAAACUGCCUCAUUCCAUCCACUUCUCAGUCUUCGGAUCACCUUUCAGGGUACCAUACUCCUAAUCGUUUAUUACAACUAUUCUGCUUCAAAAGCACUAUUGGACUCGAUCAUUGCCGUGCAAUUAUCAUACCCCGAUCAACGCGAAGCCUUCGACUGUCCUGCUGGUACUGCACAUAACCUCGACAUAUUGCCACGAUCCACACCGCUUUGUAUAUUUUGACCGUUUGUCACUUCGGCAUUCUCACCAUCUCUCCUACACUGUUUCUGUCACAGCUGCCUGAACUUCUGGAAGGUCCAGCUGUUGCCACAUCCUCAAGGUCCUAGGCCUCAGAUCUUUCAUCUCGAACCUACUCAACGAUAUCGAUUUCAUACGACUACGACAUAAUAGCUUCCUAAUCGGUCACCAAAACCUCGGACCCUCAUUACAGUUUCACUUCGACGCGUCGACAACGCACGGUCCUCUGUUUUAUUUCGCCCAGAUUCGUCCUGCUUGGUCCGGGCUCUUCUCGCAUUAUUGAUACAAGUCGAACUUUCAUCAAUUUGAAAAUCACGCGUUACUCUCUAGAACCACAAUGAGCAUCAACGCUGGCGGUGUUGCUCAGAUGACUUAUCAGUCACCCUUCAACAACUCGAUUGGUGUCUCUGGCCCAGGGUUUGCGUCUCGUGGAAAAGGGUCUCAUAUCAAACGCCUGAGUGUUGCCCCUCCUUCCACGAUCUCAACCAUCGAUGAGACUCAACAGGCCACGGUUAACGCUACUCCACGCACCAGUCGCGGUCAUCUUCUGGCAGGCCUUCGUACCGCUCCCAAGUCGGCCACGGUUCCGCCUGCCAACAACGGCCUAGGUCUGGAAGCCAGCAAGUACGCCUCCCAGCAAUAUGGCAGCCAAAUGCCGCAGACCGCUACAGGUACGCACUUUCCCAGCAACCGGCCUUCGUAUCGCCACAGCUUCCACCAAGGGUUCUCUCGUCCGGAGCAAGUCCUUGCACCUCCUUCUCUUGACCUUGCGGAUGGAGCCCACACUAUGGAUCAGAGCCUGUACGACGAAUUGGUUGCCACCAACAAUUACCUUGCCCAGCAACAACGAGCUCUUCAGCAGCAAUUGUUGAACGUCACUACUGUAGCUCAGCAGUUGGGUGGACUCAAUCUCAACGCCGGGAUGUUGAACAAUGCUGGACAACAGUUCCAACCUCCCUUCGCUUCUCCGUUGAGCCUGUACAAUCAGCAGUUCCAGCAGGGCCUGCAACCAAUUGUUCAGCCCGUUCCUGGCAGCCCUGGAGUCUUUGCUGUCUACAACCCCAUGACAGGUCAAUCCAACAUCGUCGUGGACAAUUCGCUUCAACAACAGCAACAGGAUGUAGCGUCCCAUGGCCGCAAUCAUUCUAUCUCGCCGCCACCCGCCACUCCUGGCUACAAGCGACAGGUCAACGAAACAUCGUAUCCCUUGACCGAGACUCGUUCAAAGACUCCUCCCAAGUCGACCCCUUCUCCUAGGCAAGAUGUUGAACCUCUGCCUCCCCCAUCUGCCAAUGCUUUCCGACGCGGCCAUCGCAAGAACAUAUCUUCUGUCAAUGUCAAGACUGCAGGAGAAUGGACUAAAGGAUCCGGUAUCAAGUCUGCAGGGUUUCCGCAAACUCCUGCCACGGGCACAUUCGGGCCGGGGCAAGGCAGAGCCGGCGAACAUCCUGUGAGACAACCCAAGGGUCCUCCCCUGCUUCAAGAGCUUCAGGAAAAGCCGACUUCCAAGCAUGAGGGCAGCAAGAACUUUGCUACUCGGCAACGACGUCGAGCUGUUCAUGACUUGGUUCGUGCUGGCCGGGAGCGUCGCAGUGACGGUCGCCAAUCGGGCUCUGGAGCUGGGACACCCGGCAGCGAGAACGAAUCCAAUUUCUCCGUCUCUUCUGACAGUGAUUCGGUCCUUGCUGGUAGCACCACUCUGUCUAGCAAGCCAAGCCUAGGUAGUCUGCGAGCUGCUGCGAACGGAGCAAUUGGGUCUGAGAUCAAGGAAAAGUCUCGCGAGCGUUCUUCGGUCGACUGUUUUGGACCUGCCAGCGCCAGGAGCUUUAGCAGCGAUGAGGGCAGUUCGAUGGGAACAGGAUUUGUGGAAGUCGAGCCAAUCAGACGCAACACUCCGCGCUUGGUGCUCAGUAACGCUGAGAAGCGCAAGAGCGUCUUUUUCUGAAGACGUUUCUGCAAUUAGGGCAGUGCCCGUUGCAUCAUCAUUGGAGUUCUCUUGGAAGACUCAGCCACUCUUUUCAUCACGAUUUGAUGACCUACACUCUCCAGAUUGAUUGACAGACACGACGUUACCUGCGCUCAAUCCGGUUGAUGAACACCCACUCUGGUUGGACCACUAGUGGUGGUAUCCUUAAUGGAUGAUUCCAUGCAUUAGUUAUUGAUUUAUCUCUUUUCCAAGCUUCGAUUCUCUCUACUGGUGCCCCUAUUAGUCAUCCUCAACAGGAUGUGAUGACUUGAGGAUCAAGCCUGCUUGCAAAUCUAGGUAGAACUAGAAAUGCUCACUUGACCAUUCUAAUCAG